UUGGAUCUGAGGAGCAGAGCCUUUGCUAGACGCAGCCACGCAUGGUGCGCAGCGCAAGCCAUGGGGAAUUGCUUUUUUGUGGACCAAGGCUUAAGCCUGGACAUCGCAGAGCUUGAGGACCUACUGCUGUUCUACGAGCAGAAUUACUCGUACCUUGAUGAGUACACCAACAGUACCCUUCCUGAACCAUGCCACGACCAUUACUGCUCUGUCUUCGAAGACCACGUUCCAGCGUUCCUGAUAACACUGAGCAUCCUAGGACUGCUGAGCAACGUGGCCCUUGGCGUGGCCCUGGCCAAGUUCCCCCGCCUUUGGGAUCAACACGGCCCGAGCAAAACCGUUCUCUCCUUAAUGACGGUGGCCGCUGGCAUCUUUGCCGUCAGCUUGCCAGCUUUUGCGGUGGAGUGGAGGUUUGGGGACACCUUUUGCAAGACAGCUCAUGUGAUGCGGUACGGGGCCCUCUUUGCUCAGGGGCUGUCGGUGGCCGGGAACUCAUGUCUCCUUCUCCGGGCUUCCCCCAGUUGGCUGUUUCCCAUGGCACUCUGGCUCGUGGGGUUCUUGUUCUCAGUGCCCACUGCCAUGAUCAGCAAUUCAGGUGAUGGAAAAUGGGCUGUUUGUGCCCUGAGCUCCGAAGCCAAGCUGUACCCCUGGUCCAUGGCCCACACCAUCAUCUGCCUGGCUGAUUUUCUUCUCCUCCCUGUGUUCCUGGGUUUGGCCAAGCUAACUUCGAGGUGCUGUGAAUGCAACCGGCGCCCGCAUAUCGACCUCACCUGGCUUUUUUACCUCUUCUGGGCACCAUAUGGAGUGGCUAUGAUCUUGAAGACUCUGGUUCAGGAACAGCUGCUUCGCCCUAGUUGCCAUUUGCAAGAGGCUCUCAACUACUUCCUGGGGCUAUCAGAAGGACUGGGCAUGCUCCAUUGUGCCCUGUGCCCUCUCUUCCUCAUGGGGGAAGCCAUCUGCCACCAAAAAACUGCUCGAGCAGGAAAGCGCUGAAUGGGCACCUUACCCUCACUACCGCCCUGACUUGGAUAGCCCAGGCAAGCCCCAUCUCAUCAGAUCUCAGAAGCUAAGCAGGGUUGGCCUUGGUUAGUAAUUGGAUGGGAGACCUGCAACGAAGACCAGGGCUGCAGAGGCAGGCAAUGGCAAACCACCUCUGUCCGUCGUUUGCCAUGAAAACCCCACCAGGAGUCACCAUAAGUCAGCUAUGACUUGUCAGCACUCUCCACCACCAUACUUUCACCACCAAUGUGCUACAACCGCUGGGAGUUUGUCUUCAUUUGGUAUCUUCCGAUGAAGCUACAGGCCCAUCUUGGGUCCGGUGAAUAACUGGAGCAGGAUGCGACGGCCGAGUUCCGAGAGGGGGAGAAUGGAGUCUUCAGACAGCAGGAAAUGGGUCCCAUUUUUUAAAUACUCUCUUACCGUGAACAUAUGAAGCUGCCUUCCACUCUGGUAUCUGUAGAAGUGAGCUGUGGUUCACAAAAGCUCUUACCCUACCACGAAUUUUGUUAGUCUUAUAGGUGCUACUGGCCUCUUGCUCUUCUUUUCUACGGCCUUCCACUGACUCAGACCCACGGUGCAGCAAGGCCAUUCUUGUUUGCCAUUCUGGCAAUGGCUCUCCAAGGUCUUCUCCAUCACCUGCUAAUUGACCAUUUUAACUGGAGAUGUCGGGGAUUGAACCUGGGACCUUCUACAUGCAAAGCAGAUGCUUUACUACUAAACAGAGAGGGCCAAGUAUGCUCUCUCUCUCUUUCUCUCUCUGUCUGAUUUCCAUUCUGCUGCAUGCAAAAUAGGCAUUCAUAAAAGAAUAAAUGAAAAAUAUAACCCAUCGAGAAGGUAAAUGACAAGACACUCCAUUGCCAUAUAUAUGAUUUUUACAUUUGUACACAAUAAUAUUUUUUUUAGCAGGAAUUUCCGCGUCGUUUAAUAUGUCAUGUCAAAACGCUUAUGUUUUAGUUCAGCAUUGUUCCAACUCUUCAUUAGAUUUUCUGCGUGUUUUCAUUUUCCGCAACUUACUCCCGAUUGUAUUGCCUGUUUGAAUGUCCCAGCCAUUGAUCAUAUUGAUUUAUACCAUGUAAUCCGCCUUGAGUCUCAAUGAGAAAAACAGAUUGUAAGUGGCUGGUAUUCUGAGAUUUUAAAACUGUGAAAUAAACACAAAAAUGU